UCCAUUCAGAAGAGAGAGAGAACACACACGGCUCUGUGUGAAGUGCGAGCGAGGGAGUCUUGAAGAGAGAGAGAGAGGACACACACGGCUCUGUGUGAAGUGUGUGAGAGAGGCUUUAAAGAGCGAGUGAGAAUACAGAAGACACACACGACUCUGAUCGACAUGGACGCAGGUGUGAAGAACACAGGGAGCAUCACAGAUGAAGAGGUGUCUGUGAUCCAGGACACGUGGAGACCGGUGUACGAGGUUAAAGAAGACGCCGGGGUGGCUGUGCUGGUCAGGUUUUUCACAAACACUCCAUUGGCAAAGCAGUACUUCGAUCACUUCCGUGACAUCCAGGAUCCAGAAGAGAUGCGUCAGAACGUCCAGUUGAGGAAACACGCGGUGAGGAUUAUGACGGCCCUCAACAUGCUGGUGGUGAACCUUCGUGACGGAGACAAAGUCGACAACAUCUUUAAUCAGAUGGGCAAAUCACACGCGCUCAAACACAAGGUGGACCCCAGUUACUUUAAAAUUGUAACUGACGUCAUUCUGGAAGUGCUGGUUGAAGCUUUCCCACAAGUCUUCAGUGAAAUGUCAGUGCAGGGGGCGUGGUCUAAACUCAUGAGCAUCAUGUGCAGUGAGCUGAAUAAAGUCUACACUACAGUCGGCUGGGAUUCCAUCAAAAACUCCACUGAGAUCUGAAAGAGAAGAUAAGAGACGCUCUCCAGCAGUUUAACUGGAUGAAAUUACGACUAAAAGACAGAUGGGCGGUCCGCUAUCCGCCCAGACCCCACCCAGGAAAGGAUGUCAUACCGUCUCUAUUGUAUGACAUACACCAAAGAGUAGCACAGAUAUUUGAUGUACGGUGAUACUUGUAAAUGUUUGAGAUAAUUGAGAGAAUAAGAGUGAAUGGGGCAAAGAGAAGUGAACCUUACAUUAUCAAAAAAAUGUGGAAUUUUAAUCAUCGCCAAAAAACCUUAGCAACUGUUUUCAGUUCAAACUAACAAACACACACGUGUUGACAUACAGAUGAGUGUAGAAAUGAUAAACCCGAGCGCAGUCCACACACACAGCAGUAAAUAUUUACACAUUCUCCAACCGAGAGUUUGCAAACAUGAAUUCCAUUUCACAUCUGUGCAUUUCUGAUCAAUAUAAAUACUGUAAGAUUAACGCCGGGUUCAGCCAAAUCAAAUGAGUUCGCAGUGAUGUGUGUUUGUUUUUCAGGAAUGUUCUAUUGUACAAAGUUUGAACUGAUUUCUUUUAUAUGUAUUGAUUCUUAAACGGUAAAAUAGACAUUGAUUGUAAAAUGAAUUUAAAUAAAGCUUCUCUUCUUGUGUCUUUCCUUUA